UUUAAAUCUUUUGCUUUGUGUCUUGAGUUUGGGCCACAGUUUUAGUUUUAGGCUUGGGCUUGAGGGUCCAUAGCAACAUAAUUUUUUUUACUGCUAAGACCUAAUACUUCAGUUCAAAGAAAUGAAAGUCACUAAUUUAAUAAGGCUGCACUAAUAUAAUAUAGCCUACACAUGUAAUAAACUACAUUACUUUGAAUCAUCGAUGCUCAGCGGUAUUUUUAGGAGAUUUUGAUGAGUAAUAAAAAAUAAAAGAAAUUACACUUCUCUUUUUAGUUUAGUGAAAGCCGAAAGCAAUGUCUAGUUCACCUCAAAAGAAAGCAGAUAUGCAGUCAUCGGUUGGAGACAGUUUACGUGUUGCAGAUAUCACUGAAUUUGCGAGAAUGAUGAAAAAGUUGGUCAAUAAUAAAGAUUUCAGGUUUGUAUAUAUCUAGAAUGAACUAUUAUCUAUACUAUACUAUACUUAUAUUAGUAAUUGGCUAGCUUACCCCUAGAUGGAUUUCUUAACCAAAAAAAAACAACAAAAAAACUUGGACUUGGGACUUGGAAAUAAUAGAGUAAAUAAAUCAUGUCAAAGGCGCAAGGGAUUCUAUAGGCUAAGUCAAAAUUGUGUUUUUCCCUACAACAAAUAGUAUACCGUAAAUGUGAUGCCACAUUGGCAUCAAAUUAUGUAAUGAACAGGAUGUGUGUGACACAGACCUUUUGCAUUUGGCAAUGCUAAUCAGUCUGCUACACACAGUACUCUGUGUUUCAACAACAGUGACAAACAGCAUGUUAUCAGAAGAUUCGCUACUAGACUGAGGUUUGUGAAUGUACUGUGUAAUUUUGGUAUUGUGUGCAUUUUGACAAGUAAUAUUGAAAACAAGACAAUUGAAAUGGUGACACUGUGCAUAUGAAUAUGAUAUUAUUGAUUUACAUUUAUUAAUAUUUUGUUUGGAUGUUCAUAUUUAAAAAACGGGAGGCUAUCAAUACUAUCAUGUAGGCCUACAUGAUACAUGUGGAUGUAAAUGAACUGCAUGAAGAACUUUUAAACACAAUAAAGUCUUAGUUUAAAAUUUUUUCUGUGGUUAUUAUACUUACAAUGACAUGUAAAUAUAUUCCCUUUCUGGUUUUUUUCUGAUUUACUCAUUUCUUCUCAUUUUUCAAUGUCUACUUCUUCUUUCAAAUUACUGUGCAUCUUAGUGCAUGAUCAUCAUUUUGGUCAAAUAUGAUGAUAAGCAGGUAAGGCCUAGCGGCUAGGCCUAAUCUAAAGUUUAAAUAUUAAACAACUUUUUAUUUACAUUGCAAACAGUCAAUGGAUAGAUUCCUCAUAGAUAGUUAUAAUUGUAUAAUAUAAUAAGUGACUUUUUAAAAAAGAUUUUGUAAUUUGGUAUGACUGUUUAAAAAAAAACUUGUGUCCCAUAUUUACCUUAAGUGCCUUAAGCCUAAAGGGGUGGUGAAAUUUUCAAUUUUUGUAGGUACGUAUUACAUGAAUUGCCUCUUAUUUUUAAAUAAAAAUCUAAUUACUAAAUUUUAUGUCUGUAACAUUGGGUUCUGUGAAAUUUUUAUCCUCAUAAAAAAUUGACACCACUUUUCAUCCCCUUGGUGGUGGCAUUUCUGAAAAUCCUUCUUAGUUGAUGGCUACUGUCGAAGUAUAAUAAUCACUCUGUCUGGGGUGAACUUUGUUUGAGUCCAUAAUUGUGAGUUUGAUUGGUGUUCUUAGAUUGAAAUGUGAUUGGUUGAAAGGGAAAUGUCAAUAAACAAUAGUUUCUGGGGUCGAUAACUCAGUUAGUGAGGUCCAUUUCCAAUUAUAUUUUACUGGUCAACCCUGAUACUAUAGAGGAAAAACAAAUAUUUUUGAAUAGGCCUACAUCCUUAAGCUCAUUUAUAUUGGCCUGAUAUUUUAUUUGCUAUUUUUCUUUCAUCCGCAGUGAUAUUAAAUUUGUUAUAGGACCAAACAAAAAGCACAUUUUUGCUCAUCGAUGUAUUCUGUCGGCUCGGUGUGCAGUUUUUAAGGCUAUGUUUGCAGACAAACCAGAGAAAGAUGUUCCAUUGGUAUUGUCAGACAUGUCAUCAGAUAUAUUUUUGGCCAUGCUGGAAUUUAUUUAUACUAAUUGUGUCACACUUUCAUUAAACACUGUGAGUAAACAUGAAUUGAUUUUUUUAUUAUUUAUGUAAAAGAGAUGAAAAAAUUUAAUGAAAUUUUAUGCAUUUGGUAAUUAUUUUUUAACAGAUAUCUUGUGGUCAAAGCAUUUUUGGUUUUUUCUUACUUUAAAUAUGAAUAAAUUUUUUCAGGCCACUGAUGUUUUGGCCACCUCACUGGAAUAUGGGCUUGAUGAACUGAGAGAUGUAAGCAGAUUCUAUAUUUUUAUAUCAACAAUUUUUAAGGAGAUGGCAUAGAUAGCUAGUAUCUAUUCAAAUGUCUUCAGUUAAAUUUACUAGGAAAAAAUUCAAGUAUAUUCAAACUUUGCUAUCCUAAAUUAUAGGCUAACCAAAACUACUUUUACUUUCUUAUAACAUCCUGCAUUAAUUCUUAUGUACAUCAAUUACACAUCAUUUCAGAUUUUUUAAGUAGCUAAAAUUGUACCAACAUGAAAGUUGUGCAGUAAGUGGUGUAUAAGUGAUGUAGUCCUUUAAAAAUAUUUGUUUAUGGUUAAAAAAGUUGAUGUCUUUGACAUUCUGUUAAAUUGAAUAACAUUCUUUUCAUUUGUCAAAUAGAUUAAUAAGACACGAACAAAUUGUGUCAAUAGAACAAUAUGAGUUACGCUUUAAUAAUAAUUAUACAUUAUACACAAUUAAACGUUUCGGUACAUGCCUUCAUCAGUACAAACAAACAAAACACAUUUAAAUAAGUAUAAAUUAAAUUUACAUAAUAUCAAUAUACAUAUCUUACCUAAAACAGAAAAAAUAUAGGAGAGGGCGCUAAAACCAGACAAAGCUUUAUCGCAGUCCAACACUUUUCAUUUGUCAACGUUUUUUUUUUUUAAUCAUUCUUUUUCUUUCUUUUUGUUGCUUUUUUUCAAUCAACAUGUCAUCCUCUUUUUCUCUCCAUCAGUCUUGUGCACAGGCACAUUUGUUAUUGUCAAGAAAUUUCAAUAAAUAAGUUUACUGGGUAGUAAAAGAUUUUAACACAUUCUUGUCAAAUAAAUCCUGUCGUUACUUAUUCAAUGUUUUUAAUUUUUCAUUUUAAGAUUGAAAUAAAACUUUAAAAAUCCUAGCAAAUUAACCCCCCCACACACGCUCUUAUUUUUAAACUCUUACAACAAUUUUUUGGUUUAGGCAACACCCAAUGUCUGUCUUUCAUCAGACAAUUAGCCAUAUUUACUAUAGGGUUGAAAUGAAAAGAAUUAUGUUACAUUCACGUGUAUGUGAUGCAUAUACUGUACACUGAUAUGAUAAAUAUAAUUGAGGUUAAAAUAACCAUUUAAAUAUUAAAUUUAAUGGAUCAAUGAUUAAAAUGUAAAUUUUGGGAAAAUGUUCUGAUCUAAAUUUCUCCCAUUUAAAAUGAUCAAACAAGUAUUUGUAAUGUUUCUAUUCUUUUAAUGAAUGCAGCUUUGUGUAGACUUCUUAAAAGAGAACAUUUCAGUAUCAAAUGCAUGUGACAUAAUGCAGGCAGCAGUAACGUACAAUCAGAAUGAUUUGAAAGAGCAGGCCAUGACUUUUGUUGAAGAAAAUACUGCUGUAAGUAAAUUCCAGUUAUAUGUGCUAGAUAAAUAUUAUAUAACGAGUGUUACGUACUGUUGUAAGUAUAGAGAAUUUAAUCUUUUAUUUAUUUAUAUGGCUCGUUGACAAACAGUACGCAACAAAAGACUAUACCAUAAACUAAAUACAAUAAUAAAGAAACGAUACCCAAACUAGGGCUAAUUACAAUUAAUAAUUUUAUUAAGUUAAUAAUAAAUUAUAAAUUCAAAAAGAAAUAAAAACUAAAGCUACUGACUUAAAGUAUAAUGAUGGCUUCUACGGGUACAAUGUUGAAAAAGAAGGUACAUACACAAAGAAAGUAAAUAUAAAUUCACAAAUCUUCGUAUCGUAACCAUGAUAGCAAAUAUCUCUCCUUCGUCAAUCCCUCUAGAGGCGUAGAUAUAGCCUGUUUUAGACACAUUUCUAGAACAGGCUUACACAUUGUAUUCCUUUCUUGAUUAGUCUCGAUAUUUCUACAGAAUUCUAAUAAUACAGUGUAUAGAUUUGUUUUUAUUUGUAAACAAGGUCAAAGGAGACUAUUUUUAAUUAGCCACACCCAAAACGCGGUACCGAACUUGGGGUCAGCUAAAGUUCAUUCAUGGGGAAAGAUGACGUAAAUUUGUCGUCUACUUAACAAUGAGGAAUAAAGGGUGGGGAUUAAUUUAAUAAUUUCACAUGGACACAUUAAAUUAAACACUUUAUUCUAUGCUAAGUGUUUUUAUUUCCAAUGAUGUACCUUUUAUGCAGUCUUCUAACACAGUCUUUCCCAAACUUUUAAGUCUGGUCUGGCGGGCUGGUUGACAAGUUUCAAAAUGGUUCCAGGGAUGGUUGGCAGAUUUAUUAAUGAUAUUUGCUUUUUGUUUGCCCAUAACUAUUCAUGGUGUGUGAACCUGCAUUUGGGGAACACUAUUUUACACACUUUUCCUUAUGUCACUUUAUUCCCCAAAUAAGCCUUAUCUUUGUAGAACUUUGUAUUGAAUAUUGACUUAAAAGUAAGAAUUAUAAUUUGAUUACAUCAAAAUAUUCAUGAAGGGAGGUAAUCACUGUGAAAACAUCACUCCUACUUUAGAGCCUUUAUUUACACUCUUUCUCCAAAGUAUCAUAAUUAUGGAAUAGCUCAAUAAAAUUUCCUAUUUUGACAGGAAAUAUUAAAGACCAAAAGUUUUCUGGAGAUAAGUGAAGAUACUCUUGUUUCCAUUGUACGGUCAAGCAGGUUGACGAUGGAUGAAAUAGAUUUGUACAAAGCUGUCAAAGAAUGGGCCAAAUUCAGCUCUGUAAGAUUAUUCUUUCAUCUUUUUUUUUACAGACCAUAUGUAUUAGAAGCUAAAAUAACCAUCAUUAUUAUUAAAAUUCUGUUGAUUUAUAAAACUGACAUCUUAAAAUGAUUUUUAAUAUUAAUUUAUUUAAUUAUAACCAAAAAAUUAUUAUUAUUUGAAUUUAAGUAAUUUAUUUCUUGAAGAAAGAUUUAUUUUUCCAUCACCUUUAGUGGCUUUAAUUUUCUUUUUUUUUUUUAAAGCUUUUAUUUAACCUUUCUUUUCCUCUCAUAAAUCUAGUAUAAAUCUCUAUUUAGCCGGAUGUUGUAAUGAAUAUGAAAUUGUUUCGGAACCAUCACUAUCCUGUUUACUGUAUUAAAAAAAACUAGAGCCAUCUCAUGAUUUCUCAUUGAAAGUCAAAGCAAAAGAGGCAUAUCAAUGCAAAAAACAGACUCAGCCUAACAGUCUGUCUUAAAAGUAAUUUGUCUUAAGGGGAAGGCAUGAUAUAAGUGGGGUGUAAAGUGUAAAAAGAACAUGUGCAUCACAUACACAAUGUAGUGGGUCAUGAACAGAAUGACCAUGUUUAGAAUAUAUUUGGAAGGUUAAAUGGGAACAAGAGGAGCCAAGAGUUUGUUGGUCAAAUGGAAGUGUAUGAUGGCAAUUCUGUUUAUGUGACCUUGCCAAUGCAUUCUUCGGUCAUUGUGGUUUAACUGGUGUUUGAUGCAACAGCCAUAAUAUUGCCACCUCUUGCUAUUGGCUGCUUUUAUGGGAGCCGUUUGCAUGGUUGCAGUUCUUUUUCUAUUGUUAUGUGCUAAGUUUCUUUUGCGCCAUAUUUUUUUCCCUGUGUUGUCAAUCUUAGUCCUAGCUUGUUGGCAUUCUACAUCUACUUACCUGAAUAUCUUGCCAAUUUUUUAGUCAUUUAAAUAUGGCCGUCAAAAUGAGUGCAAUAACAUUGUGUGUGGCAUUGUUAGCUUAUGCUUUUUUUUUAUCUUUAUCAAAAAUGAGUGAAUUAUAAAAGAGAAAUGUUUAACUUAGGCUGUGAAUGGGAAGCAGCCCCAUGAAGUUGCAAGAGAUGCUGUCAAGCACUUACGGCUGCCUCUAGUGAGUCCAGAUGAACUUAAGAAAUUGGAAGAAGAGAAUAAAAAGGACUCUUUCAUUCCAGUAAGUGCUAUUUAAAUAGAAAUAAAUCCCUCAUGUUCACAAAGUACUCAAUAUUAAUCUAUUUUUAAAUAUCCUGUUGCAUUAUUAUUUUGAAAUUAAUUUCAGGUGGCCUCAUUUUCAUAUGCUUGGAAAUUACAUGCCUUGAAAGAAGGAGACAAAGAUGACAUAUUGUCAACCUGUCGACAUGGUACCACUACCAGGGAACAUCACAAAUAUUUAUCACACUCUAAAUCCAAAUAAAUCAAAUCGGUUAUUACGCUUUGUUAAAAGUGUUGCACUCCGCUCAGCGACUGAAACUGCUGAAGCAGUGGAGAGAAGUAGGUUAUAGUGCUAUUAGGACAAUCAGUUAUAGAUUAAAUGCCAUAGGUAGUUCUUGGUGCUUCCUUAGAUUCACAACUUAUUCUCCAAGAAAGAAAUUACUUAAAUAUUUGCAUCCUCAUGAUGUUGUACUUUUUACAUUUCUAUUGUUAUUUUAAAAUUAUGUUUGAUAUAAAAUAUAGUCUUGUUACUUCAAUUUACUUCAUUUUCACUGUAUAAGUUGUAAUUUGAAGAACGAUAUAGUGAGAUCCAAUAUUCUGUUUUUAAUCUUGCCAUAUAAAUAGAAAAAAUGUAUUUAUCAAUCAAAUACAACUAAGCUAUUUACUGAUAAUUUACAUUCAUUGUAUGUAAAUUAUAAAAACUAACUAAAGAAACACAAAAUGUCUUAUAAAUAAUAUAAUUAAAUAAUGUAUUAUUAUUGUUUUUGUCAAAUUUAUGUUAAUAUCCAUCAUAAUGCAAUAAUGUAUUCAAUGAAGCAUAGGACAUCAAGGAUAGGUUUGUUGCUGCUCUUUCAAUGUUUGUCAUUAACAUUCCUAUCACCUGACACUCUGUUCAGGCUCCUUCGCUGCAUGUUAUUUAAUCUCCUACAGUUCCAAAUCAUCCCCUACUUUUUCAUGAUGUUAUAUUCUUGUUUGUAGACUGUUGGUCUUUUAAAUACAUGAUGGUAUUAAACUUGAAUGAAGAAUAGAUAAACAUUUUAUAUUGGAUUUUGCCUGCUAAAUAAAAUGCAUACAUUUAUUUAUUUAGUUAUUGUGCUGCAGACAAUUUUUUUUACCAAAAUAUCAAUAAUUAUGGUUUUGAGAAGCUCAUUCUGAAAACUGUUGGCUCAAAUUUAAGUUAAAUUUAUCUUGAACAUUUACAAAAUAUCAAUUUUUAAAAAUAUUUACAAUAGUACAAAUGAUUGAUUCUUUUGUGAUUGCAAAAUUUAAUCAUUUUUGUUGCUUAUAUUUUUUUCUUUGAUUACCAUUAGGUAUACUUAUUUUAAUAUGGUCUUUAUGGAAAUUUAUUAAUGUAACCUUUUGUUUUAUCUCUCUCUAAUUAUAUAAUAUAGAGAGAAACAAGUCCUCAAUUAUUCCUGAUAUUAUAAAUUGCCUAUUCAUUUUUAUAUUUAUUCAUGCACAAUAGAUGAUUGUGAUUAAAUAAUAUUUAGGGCACAUUUUUAAAAGUAAUAUUUUUUUAAUUAUUUAAAAUUUCAUCGUUAAACUAAACAUUGAUCUUUUUAAAUCCUUUAUCUAAACUUUGCUUUUGUGUGUUUAGGGAAAAACUAGCCAUCUUGUCUAAUUUAGCCACGUUCCAUCAAACUACCGAGCUGAAACUUGGCACAUAAUCUUGUUGUAGAUAACACAUUCUUUCAAAUUUUCAGCUCCCAACCACCUCAUCCCCCAAAAAUCACUUUUUUUCCUUUUUUCAAGGGGAAGAUGAAGGAAAUAUGAUGCCACUAAUUUCAUGAAAUUCCGAUAAAUGCCCUUAAUGAGAUUCUUUUUUUUUUUAAAUAUUGCAAGUGCGUUUGGUGCAUAAUAUUUUCUUUUGUUUUUCUGAAAUAAUUGGUGAAAUGAAUCAGUGGUGUAGAAGAGGGUGGGACAUUAGAAUUUAAUAUAAAAUAAAAUAGUUAAAAAAUGC